UCCAACAGGCAGCCGGUGACUAAAAACACCUUCCGACAAUACAGGAUUUUAGGCAAAGGUGGUUUUGGAGAGGUGUGCGCGUGUCAGGUACGAGCCACGGGGAAAAUGUACGCCUGCAAGAAGCUGGAGAAGAAGAGGAUAAAGAAGAGGAAAGGAGAAGCCAUGGCUCUGAACGAGAAACAGAUCCUGGAGAAGGUCAACAGCAGAUUUGUUGUCAGCUUAGCGUACGCCUACGAGACGAAGGACACGCUGUGCCUCGUGCUGACGCUCAUGAACGGCGGCGACCUCAAGUUCCACAUCUACCACAUGGGCGAGUCGGGCUUCGACGAGACCAGGGCCGCCUUCUACGCCGCCGAGAUCUGCUGCGGCCUGGAGGACCUGCACCGCGAGCGCAUCGUGUACAGAGACCUGAAGCCUGAAAACAUCCUGCUGGACGACCACGGUCACAUCAGGAUUUCGGACCUCGGUUUGGCCGUUUACGUUCCGGAGGCAGAAACCAUCAAGGGACGUGUGGGGACAGUGGGAUACAUGGCUCCAGAGGUGGUGAAGAACGAGCGCUACACCUUCAGCCCCGACUGGUGGGCGCUGGGCUGCCUGCUCUACGAGAUGAUCGAGGGCCAGUCGCCGUUCCAGCAGAGGAAGAAGAAGAUCAAGAGGGAGGAGGUGGAGCGGCUGGUCCGGGAGGUGGAGGAGGAGUACUCCGAGAAGUUCUCCGAAGACGCCAAGUCCAUCUGUAAAAUGCUGCUGGUCAAAGACCCCACAGAGCGGCUGGGCUGCCACGGGGACGGAGCUUCUGAGGUCAAAGGUCACCCCAUCUUCCGUUCCAUAAAUUUCAAGCGUCUGGAGGCCGGCAUGCUGCAGCCGCCCUUCGUCCCCGAUCCGCAGGCCGUCUACUGUAAAGACGUUCUGGACAUCGAGCAGUUCUCCACGGUGAAAGGCGUGGAGCUCGACCCCAAAGACGAGACCUUCUACAGCAAAGUGUCCACCGGCUGCGUCUCCAUCCCCUGGCAGAACGAGAUGAUCGAGACCGAGUGUUUCACCGAGCUGAACGUGUUUAACGAGGACGGCGCCGUUUGUCCUGACCUGGAUUGGAGAGGUCAGCCGUCUCCUCCGACCAAACAGGGGCUGCUGCAGCGGCUCUUCGGCCGGCAGGAGUGCUGUGGGAACUGCAGCGACAGCGACGAGGAACCCACCCGGCUGUGAAACCCUCAACACAAAUCUUUGUUUACAACUUUUGCACAUUUGUAUUUUUUAGGUCAAGCUCUCCAUAAAUGUCAGAGUGUAUAUUUUCUGCAUCUAGCCAUAAAUUUUAUUGUUAUUUAAACUUGUAAAAUACCUGCUUCUACCCGGGAAC